GCAGUCAGCACUCUUUGGAGUUUUUUUGUUUGUAUGUUUUUCUUGUUAAUGCUGGGUUUUUGUUGUUUUUGGGUUUUGUUUGUUUGGGUGUUUUUUGUUUUUUUUCCCCACAUACACUAUGGGCAGAGACGUAUUUAGAUGCUGUUUCUCUGCAACUACCCUUCUGAGAGAGGAGGGUCUGAGCCCUUUCUCUGUCCCACUCACUUUGUAGUUGACUACCCAGACUUUCCUUUUGGAAUAAUUAUAACCUUUUUAUGCUUACUUUUCCUUGAAGGGGAUCAGAACCAUAUGAAAAUCUUAAACUAGAUGUGACUAGGAUGAAGUGCUCUCUUCGCUAAAUAAGUUUGUUCCAGAUACUUUUUAGGUAGUUCAUAGCUGAGUGUUAUUUUUGCAGCUCUCCACCCUUGUACCUAUUACCAGUUUCUGUUCUUAAAGGCAGUUUACAAUAGAAAUUGAAGCAUGAAAUGCAAAGUAUUUUAAACAGUCUCAAGAUAAUCCUUGUUGCAAUAUCCUUGUUGAAUUCCAAUUGAGAUAAAUGUGCAUGGUUGAAUAAUUUUUAAAAAUUGUUCUAGUUUUAUUGUAGCUAUAAUAGAGACUGUUACCAGUUUUUAAAUGGCUGUACAGUUUUGAUUCUCAUCAGUAAAAAUGAAGCUCUCAUACAUGGAGCUGUAUUGUAGAUGAUAGUGGUUAAAAUUCUGUUUGUUUGUUUUCCCUGCAGUUGCUUGUAAGGCAUCUUUCUGAUGUUUAUCACUUUGGGCAUAAAGCUUUCGCAUAUCCUGAGUUUUGUGGUAGAAAAGUGCUUUUGCUAUUUCUGACAGCCACAGUUGCUUGUUACACUAGAAGAUACCUGGACAAUGGGUGUUUUGGAGUAUUCUGGACCCAGUGGCCUUUCGUGUUCUUGUGUGUCUGUUCCAUUUCCUGUAUAAUGAAUACUGCCUGGAUUGCUCAUGUUCUGAAGGUUUUCUCCAUUCAUGCUGCUUUCUCUUAUUCACACUACUUAGUUACCCAUGAAGCAAGAUUAAACAUUUUCUGUUGCAGGGAUUAGGGAAGCAAGAUGUUAACAAUUCAUUGCCCUUUUCCUGCUCACAGCCCUUUUGGCCUCACAGUACUGCUCGGCCAGCAAAUGUCCAAGGGAUGCUGUUGGGGAAGAAUUUGAGAAACCAUUUGGCAAAUACAUGUUUUCUGUUUAUUAAAAACUCUGCUUUUUACUUGAAGCUUAAAUAGUUGUGCUGUAUAAUACCUUUGGCAUGCUGUAAUACAUUGGUUACACUUGAAAUUCCUUUGUGUUUUGUUACUUUUACAUUGUUUUUGUAAGGAUAAUAUGCUUGCAAUACCAGAACUUCUGAUACCUUGUAAAAAAAUCCUCCUCUCUCAAUAUACCUACAUGCCAGUCCAACAAAUCUCCCAAGUCGUUGUGAUUUAUUUUAUUUCAGAAGCAGUCUGUGUACCUGUUCUUCUCACGUCAGCUAGGUCAAUCAGCUUAUGCCUCUGUGGGAACCACUUCUUUUAUGCUGCCCCUGCUGUAAUCGUCAAACACAUUAUUGAGGUCAGCUGCUGUGACUUAAAACUAGGUUCUGAAAAAGUUUUAGGACUGGACUAAGAACUUGGAGUUUUAAGACAUGAGACAAAUGAGACUGCAGAUUGAGAUAUUGAAAAUAAGCUUUUUUUUAAUAAAGAAACUUUAGGGAGAAGACCAGGGAAGAAGGUUUUAUAACCACUCAGUGCUGUCUUGGUUGUCUUGUUUACCAAGAGGAGCUGUUGGCCCUUCAUGAGCAUCUCUACAAUUGUAGACAAAAUGAGAGGCUUUUUUCCAUUAAAACAUGGAAAGAUGCUGGAAGUGAGCCGGAUCUGUUCAAUCUUCAAGUUCUUGAGAGCAGUUUAAUCUAAAUUUCAGGCAAAACAUUGUUGCUUAUUUCCAACAGCACAGACCUUAACUUGCUCUGGGUGGGAUUCCACUUCCCAGGAUAGGACUCCAUCAGCAUAAUAGAGGCAGAUCUUUUGAGACAUGCUUAGAUUUUGGUUUAAGCUACAUGUGAAUGUUUCCAGAGCUUUGCUUUGGAUGCACUGUCAUAUCUGUUGCUAUGGACUUGAGAGCCCCUCGGCAGUGGGAAUGGAUGAGUGGUGGUCGCAGUGUAAGCCACUGUUUGUAGCAGUUGUUAAUUGGGAGGUUGCUUCAGAUGUAUACUCCUUAUCUGUAAAGUUGGUGUACCUCUAGUCUCAUUUUUUCCAGUGCUCUUUAAUACCAUCUCUUACUAGUACUACUUACCCUGUCUGUCAGCUGGUCUAUGUUGUUAUUGAUUCCUUCCCUUGCAGCUCAGGGCUUUGUUAGCUUAGUCUACAUAAACCUAAGUAAAUUUCUUUGUAAUCAGAUCAUUGCAACUGACAUCUUAUUUACUGUAAAUUCUUAGUUUAUAGUUUGCUUUCUAACCAAGUGCUUUCUUAAAAACUGAUAGGAAGAUAGGAAAUGAAUGUGUAGAUAUCAGAACACUGAUAAGAAAGCACAUUAUCUUUUUCUAGAUCUUCUAGAUCUUAAGAAGAUCACUUACAAAUUGAUGGCUGUCUUGACUUCAGGAGUAGUCUUCCCAAAAAUAUUGAGUUACAAUAUGGUAGCAUAUUAACUGUGUAAAAUUAGAAAGUUUCCAGUUUCAUUAGUUGUUAUCAUUUUUGCAUCAAAAUUCCAAAUUGUGUAAUCCUCAGUUAUUUACAUUUGAACAGUUGAAAUACAAAAAAAAUUUACUGGGCACAGCUUCCUGAUAGUUUUUUACCAACAUUGCCACAAUAAGAAAGUUGCUGUAACCAGAGCAGUCUUCACAAGUAGUUGCUAAUUAGGCUGAGGUGCCAAGAACCACACCACCAGCAAGAGAUUUGAGGGCUAUUGGAUACAAAUGCUCUGUGAUUUUGGUUGUGAUAAAUUUAUGGAGAACCUAGUUCAUAGUGAAGGAAGACAUGUAAGAUGGUAAAUUAUAUUAAAAACAGGGACAAUAGUACCAUAAAUUUGGCACUCAGUGUUGUGGAAACCUGAAUUUGUCCAAGUCACAGUUUCCCUCAGAUAAAACUGAAAUAGUAUUGUUACUUCACCUCAGAGACUUCCUGAAUGUGAGUUUGUUUAUCUUUGUGAAACUCCUAAAUGCCUUACAUUACAAUAUUCAGGCUUUUAAAAAUAUAGUUUUAUAUAAUUUUUGUAUAGAAAGCAAAUCAAUUUAAUGGUUGAAAUGUAGUCUCAAUGAGAAGAGGUGGAUUUUUUUGUCUUUGUUUAUCCUGACACAUUGCAGAGGAGGAGGUAAAAUCUGUUAGGUCAUACAAAGAGACAACUUGUUAAAGAAAAUGAAAAAAUCUUAAGUUUAGUUCUUUUGUUAGGCGUCUUCCAGAGAGACUGGAGGAAACCCUUGAACAAUGAUCCUUGGGAGAGUGUAUUCUGUAGGAACAUGACAGCAUCUUUGCCUAUGCUUGCACGCUUUUGAUCUCAUGAAACUGCAGAUGGAUUAGUGGUAUAACUUUUACACGCAUAAAAUUUCCUUCAAAGUAGUGUGCUACUAUAUAGCGUCUUUUGCUUUACUUUGAGGCUGGUAUUUGCUCUGUUUUGAACUGUGUUGGCUUUUUUUAAUAUCAUGCCAGUUUAUGCAUGCUGACUAAUACAUUGGAAACUUUUCUGAACAACUUUAUUCUUAUCUUGAGAAACAGCAGCAGCUACUAUAUUUUAAUUAGAAGCUUGUGAACUUGCCCCUGAUGCUCUUCCAUGUUUACUUGAAACUUAAGUGGAAGCUGUUGCUGAAAUGGGGGAAGCGUCAUGUCCUCCUCUAGCUUGGUUGUGUUGGCACUUGUGCUCAUAAUGGUGACAUGGUGAAUCAUGCCAGGAAAUUUAUCUGGCUGAAAAUGAAUCUAUUUUUAUUGUUCUAGCUAACUUUCAGAUGGAUCAUUUCCCUGACCUGACUCACCAUGUAGCUGCACAAACAGCAGAGCUGGCAAACGCAGCAAUGGCACAGCGGCCACGUGGAGGGGCAGGACAGCUCCCUGCUAGGGGCAGCCCCCGCCUUUGCAAGAGUGAAUUGGCUACAGAACUGCACCUUAAACUUAUAUUCUCACUACCACAGGACUAUGGCACAACUGGUUUGUAUUUCAAGAUGGUUUUCUUUGAAAUUCAUGUUUAGAAAAGGACCAUCGAUUUAUUCUGUGCUAGUCCUGAAUGUGAUGGAAUUAAAAAAUGCCACCAGGAGGGUUAGCUAAUUCCUAUUCCUGUGUGUUUAUAGUUUUUAAACAAACAGAAACUUUUCACAGAAGAGUGGCUUGGCUAAUGUCUGGAACAUUACGUGGUUUCUUAAUCUAAAUAAUAGAGUAGGUUUGUAAUCCUCUUGUGUUUAUAGUUUGAAAGGUGUUUAAAAGGUGUAUUUUAACAAAAAACUCUCAAAGUUUAUGACAGACAGGUACUCUUCUGAGGUUAGUGAGUUGUUGGCUUCUAGGUAUUACUGCAGAUUAAAAUGAUACUUGAUGGUUUUCUGAGUUCCGAAUAUUCAUAGUGUGUUGGUGGACAAUCAGUGAAACUUCAGGUAACGUUAAUUUGUGAGUCUUGUUUUCUUGUAGAUUUUCUGCUACAUUAGAUCAAAUUCUUACAAAGUAGGCUUGGUUUGAAUGUCAUUCUUUCAAUGAAUACCCUGUUUCUGGGUUUGCUUGGUUAUAUAACAAAGUUUGGAGAAGGAUCAUAUUCUUUGAUUUCAACUUACACAUGAAUAUUUUAAAUGAAUUUUUGUUGUAAACAUUGUAUUUAAGAUCCCUUUGGAUGGUUUUCAAUCUCAGGAUCUUAUACUUUUAAUUUAUACCAUGUGCAUAGGAUUUUAUGUGGAACUGCUGUUGGCACAAAGAGGCAGAGGCUUAUGUAGAGAUGAUGAACAUUUCCCUUUCCAACUAUCCUUGCUCCAGAGGCGAUGAGGACUUGCUGUUACUUGCAGCUCUGUGAGCAACCAUGCUGAUAUUAGAUGAAAUAGAAAACUUUCUUGGCAAAUGAAACAAACUAGGAGUCAAAAACCCCAAAUGACACCAAACCAGCUGGUUUUAGGGAUUCUUUCAAACACUUUUUGUUCCCUUACAUCCUCUCCAGGAUGAAGAUCCAAGAAGUUAGCUGCAGAUAUUAUUUAGUCUACAAAUGGACAGCUGGGGAAACAGUUAUGGCCUGUUAUUUGUGGUGUAUAAUAGCUGUGUAAUACUUACUAAUAUAUUUGUCUGAGGUAUGUUUUUUGUGCCAGCUUCCUCCAUAUCCGUAUAGUCAUUAAUAGAUAAUCACACAGAUGUUGAGUGCAUUGGUAGUGAGGUUUUAAAGGAUCUGGUAUAGAUAGGUAGCAAUAAUAAUAAUAAUACCAAUAAUAAUAUUAAUACAUUAUUACUAUUUUUAUUACUAUAGUUAUCCUCCUCCUUCAAUAAUAAAAACUGGACCCACUCAAGGUCACAUUCUAAAAAAAUCUAACAUUAAUAGAUUUUUUGUGUCUUUUUGAAGAACAUACUUCAAUAAUUUGACUUAUUCUUGCAUAAGAAUAUAAAAUCCAAAUUUAAGUUGGUUUCUUGUAAUGAAUUUUCCUAUACAAAAGGUAACAAGCUGGUAUUCCAGAGCAGAAUAAAAUAAAUAGGGACAAAAAGGCUCUUUAUUGGGAGGCAACAUGAGUGCAGAAGCAUCAUUGUGUAGCCAUCCAGAGUGUGUCUGACCUUUCCUUACAAAAGGAAAGUAUCUCUAUGAAUUUUGGUGGAUAGAAAACCACAGGUGGUUGUAUUCAGUGAAAUAAUUGUCACUGGUAAAUUACCUCACAGUAAGCAUUUGUAUUUUUGUAGUAAACACAAUCCCGCAUUAUACCUUCAGCGUAUUAAUAGCCUUUCCUUUCCUGCAAUCCACUAUAUUCCUUAAAAGCCAUCUGUGGUUCGUGAGCUGUUGAUGUCAAUAUAUUUGUAGCUUUAGCAUAGAGGAAAGUUUUGUAUUGAUUACAUGCAUGGUUUAUAACAAGGGUGGCUUACCAUGGUCUCUUGUCUUUUGCCAAUUAACAUAAUUAAAAAUGCUCCAAAUAACUUGUAAUCUUUAGAGUUCCUUAAGAAUCUACUUAUAUUUCUUCACUUAGAGUGUGAUAUUAUAUUUUUUAACACACAAAGCAAGAAAUUAAUCGAUUUUAAUCUUUCCUUGGAAUAGAUAAGCAUUAUGAAUUACUCCCUACUGAGAAAUUCCAUGCAUCAUGAUUUAACCAAUGUCUGAGGAAUGCAGCAUUGCUGUUUAGAGCACACCCAAUAGGCAGAGAAUGGUGUUUGAAAAUGUGCCAUCUGAAACACAAAAGGUUUCAGUAUGCAUAAAGUCUUGCAGAGACUUAGAAUCAGGAAAAUAGAACUCAAUAAAACAUGUGAAGUUUACUUAAGUCCUCACUGUGAGAAAAGAGGCGUCUUUUUGUCAAUCUUAACUGCAUUGAUGUUUCUUUUAAACUAUGGAAUGGUUUAAAAGCUGUGAGCUGCUGUGGAGCCUGGGGUAUCAAGCAGAUACCAAGAGCAGUGAAGAUCAGGAGAACUUUAAGGAUAAUCUCCAAGGAAAUAGCCUUUUAUGCUCAUGCUGCACAGAGCAGCACUCUUCUUUCUGAAAGAAAAAUAUGCAUUGAUGGGCUCAGCUUCUCUUGUAGUUAGAGAUUCUGUUCAUAGUUUGAAAUUGUAAAAAUGGAAGAAUUGGCAAUGUUUUCAAGAUAUUUUUCUUUUGGUUCAUAGUAACUAUUACUGGAUAUUUCUGGUGUAAAAAUCUGUCAUUACUUUUGCUACACAAUUCCCUUGGCCACAGUUGCUCUCUGGUCUUGUUUGAAAGAGUCACUGGUAAAUGCUACAAUAUUUGCAUGGCUCUAAGCAGCUGAUGAGCCUGUUGAGAUUGGUAAAAUGGGAAGGAUACAGAGAUUGGAACAAUUUAAAAGAUGGGUUAGAUAGUCUGGGAAAGCGGGCAAGCUUGGUAUGGAAAUGAGGUACCUGUAUUGCUGGAUACAACAUCAAGGAAUUAUGAAAUGGAGAAUGUUUAUUUUAUCAUAGGGUUUCAGAAAAAAAUACUUAAAGCUUGCAUUGCAGGGACUGGUAAUUUUUAAUUACUUAAGAAAGCAUGAAGUGUCUGAAACAAACAAGAAUUCCAUGGUAAUUGCAGUAACUUCUGUAAUGCUGCAAGGCAUCCUUGUCUUUCAGUGUUUAGAAGACAAAGUUAAAAUCAUUAUUUUUUGUUUAGGUUUUUUUUUUUUUUUGAGGGCUUUGUUUAUAAUACUAUUAUAUAAUUAUAAGGAAAAAAUUUAGACAAAUAAAAUUUUCCCUGAAAACUCCCAGCUCAAAGUCUGCACUGGAAAGUAAUAGAAUACAAGAAAGGAAUAAAUUUAUAUAUCUUGGUAGUAAGGUGCCUGUCAUCUGGGGAUUUCAGAAGGAGCUAGCAUUACAAAUUGGCAAGGCAACAGUUUCAUUUACCAACUAAAUAAGAUACGGUCAUAAAAAUCCAUGUUUUAAAGACCAGGGUGUGAAACUUCAACUCAGAUAUUGCUUUCCAUCACAACAUAUGGAUGUGAAAGCUGGAAAUCCAACAAAGGUACAGACAUCUAAAUGCCUUUAAAAGCAAAUGCCUUAGAAAAAUACUAUGUAUUAAAUGGAAUGAAUUUAUAACAGAUGCCAAGAUUCAUUAGACAGCUCAAAAACCCCUUGGCUCUAAAGUUAUCCAGAAAAGAAGAUGGAAUUAUCAUCUGGAACAUAUGUUAAGAAUGAAGCCAGAGCAUCUGUCAUGGAAAACAUGCCACUGGGCAGCUGGAGGAACACACAAAAAGCACCAGCUGAAAGAGUCUCUCCAUCGAACAACAGCAAAGGAGAAUAUAUAAAAAACUGGCGGCCAAGAUACUUCCUGCUAAAGACAGAUGGCUCUUUCAUAGGCUAUAAGGAGAAGCCCCAGGAUGUGGAUCUGCCAUAUCCACUCAACAACUUUUCAGUGGCAAAAUGUCAGCUAAUGAAAACAGAGCGACCAAAGCCGAACACUUUCAUUAUCAGAUGUCUUCAGUGGACCACUGUCAUAGAGAGGACGUUCCAUGUAGACACUCCAGAGGAACGGGAAGAAUGGACAGAAGCAAUCCAGGCUGUAGCAGACAGACUUCAGAGGCAAGAAGAGGAGAGGAUGAACUGUAGUCCAACUUCUCAGAUAGACAAUAUAGGAGAAGAAGAGAUGGAUGCUUCAACAACCCAUCAUAAAAGAAAGACAAUGAAUGAUUUUGACUACUUAAAACUACUGGGCAAAGGCACGUUUGGCAAAGUUAUCCUGGUCCGAGAGAAGGCUAGUGGCAAAUACUAUGCUAUGAAGAUUUUGAAAAAAGAAGUAAUUAUUGCAAAGGAUGAAGUGGCUCAUACUCUUACAGAAAGCAGAGUAUUGAAAAACACCAGACACCCCUUUUUAACAUCCUUGAAAUAUUCCUUCCAGACAAAGGAUCGUUUGUGUUUUGUGAUGGAGUAUGUUAACGGAGGAGAGCUGUUUUUCCAUUUGUCGAGAGAGCGGGUGUUCUCAGAGGACCGCACACGCUUCUAUGGUGCAGAAAUUGUCUCUGCCCUGGACUAUCUGCAUUCUGGGAAGAUUGUGUACCGUGAUCUCAAGUUAGAAAAUCUAAUGUUGGAUAAAGAUGGACACAUAAAAAUUACAGAUUUUGGACUUUGCAAAGAAGGAAUCACAGAUGCAGCAACUAUGAAAACAUUCUGUGGUACUCCAGAAUACCUGGCACCUGAGGUGUUAGAAGAUAAUGACUAUGGCCGUGCAGUGGACUGGUGGGGAUUAGGAGUUGUCAUGUAUGAGAUGAUGUGUGGAAGAUUACCCUUCUACAACCAAGAUCAUGAGAAACUAUUUGAACUGAUAUUAAUGGAGGACAUAAAAUUUCCUCGAACUCUGUCUGCAGAUGCAAAAUCAUUACUAUCAGGUCUACUGAUAAAGGAUCCAAAUAAACGACUUGGUGGAGGCCCAGAUGAUGCAAAGGAAAUCAUGCGUCAUAGUUUCUUUGCUGGAGUAAACUGGCAAGAUGUAUAUGAUAAAAAGCUCGUACCUCCUUUUAAACCUCAAGUGACAUCUGAGACAGACACCAGGUAUUUUGAUGAAGAAUUUACAGCUCAGACUAUUACAAUAACACCGCCUGAAAAAUAUGACGAGGAUGGUAUGGACUGCAUGGACAAUGAGAGGCGGCCGCAUUUCCCCCAGUUUUCCUACUCUGCAAGUGGACGAGAGUAACUUUUUUGUUCUGCUGCUUCACUGUCAUCUUAGGUUUAUCAGUGAAAAUGAUUCCUGAACAUCACCACCAGUACUAGAUACUACUAAGAUAGCAGGGGCACUUUCAGAGACCAUUCCAAAUUGAAUAAGUUUCUUUCCCAAACCUACCUAAAAUCCGUUCUGGUUUUGCAUGACAUAUGAGAUUCUCUCUACUCCGCUAUCCUGCUGUUGCUGCUGCCCACAGUCUCAGUAUAAUAGCAACAUCAAGAAGUUACUAACAGUUUCUUUGAAGGUAAAUGACUUGACUUCAGCAUUGUACACUUUGUGAACAAGUAGUCAUCUAUUUUUCCUCACAGUGGAGGCGAAACAAAAGCCGUGUCGGUCCAGCUUAUCUUCUUCCAGAAGAUGAAUCAAAAUUGUAAUUAGUCUAAACAGACUAGGCGAUAACAUUUUCGUGCAUCUGUUUGUGCUGGUUAGAAUGAGGAAACGUAGAGGUGGUGAUGUACAUAUGCAAGGUUUCUGUUAGGCAUAUCAUUACUUGAAGCAGGUUUCUGUCAUUAACAUCUGGCUGGAAUUUGUUUGGGAAAUGUUUGAGAGAAGGACUUAAAUUGUUGAUAUAUAUAAAUAUAUAUAUAUAUAUUAUUUUUUAAUUACUGUUGGAUACUACAGAAGAAGCAGAAGGGCUGGGCUCACCCAGCCUGCCACUUAGAACUUCCAGGUUCAUGUGCAAUCAUGGAGAAUCGAACAUUAUACAUGCAAGAAAUGAAGGCAUAAAAGCAGCAGUUGAAGUUGUUCAAGGGGUUUUACAAUUUGCACCAGAUAACAUCUUUUUCAUGCUUUUCUCUUUCAUGAUAUGCAUCACCUCUGAUGGCUGAAGAAUGUAGACAGGCAUAAUGGUAUUGCUUUUCACCAAAAUGUGUGCACCAAGGUAAACAGGUGUUUGCCUUACUUGUUUUUGAGUUUGUGAAUUAGCUUCCUCUCCAGGUGUUUAACUCCAAUUUUUUUUUUUUUUUUGGUUAUAUACUGCGGUAGUAUUUAUUUUUAGAGAUAAGGUUUGUAUAUGUCAUGUUUGCAAAUGCUGCUACAUCUUAGAACAGGCUUAUAGCAGUUAAUUUUGUAAUAUAUGGAAGGACUGUACAAGCUGAAGGGAAUAAUGCACUUUUCUCCCAUGUGGAAAUUUUAACAAGGCUCUGAAAUUGUACAUACUGCUUAGAACCAGAUUAUUGUGAAUGAAAUACUGUCUUUUAACAGUUUGGCAGUGGAGGUGAGGAUUUCCAACCUCAGGUGCCAAAGGGUUAAAAGUGAACAGACAAAAAAGCUACAUCUUGUGCUUCAUUUAGGAUAAACAUGAUACAAGAGCGUGACAGCACAAGAGAAAAAUGUCUGUUCUAUAUGAAGGAAUUGCAUUUGAACAGGACUACAGUGAUUACAAGAAAAGCACUUUAUUUUAGCAAUUAAAAUAGUAAAUUUCUGGGAUCAGCCGUUCUCAAGGAAGAUUUGCCCUCAACUAAAAGAGCUCUAAAACCCAGGAGGUUAUGUGUAACCGUGGUACCUGAUUGACAGAAUUUCAAACAUCACAACAAACGCUCCACUGGUAGGGAAACGUCUUUCCAUUUCCGAAGAUCUGUAUCUAACAGAACAUGUGCAUAAACUUUAGCUUUGAUCUUCAGCAAUGAUAAUCUUAAUAAUAAACCCUUUGGUGCUAGGGGUUGGGGUGUGACGCGGUGCAGCGACAGAGCGCGCGCACCUUUGCAGGCGACAUUGGGAACCCCCGACUCCGUGGGAUUAUCAUUGGAAGUAUCUCUGCGUUCAGCUCUUGUUAGCUCCCACAAAGACUGUGAUAUUGCAGAGUAUUCCUGGUUGCAUUGUGUGAGUGAGUAGAUGAGUCUGAGAGAUGUUCCUACACAGAUGCCUUAGCCUCUUGAUGUGGAAAGUUGAGUGCCCAAGCAUGAAGCCCACUGCUGGCAGUGCAUGUGCUGGGAUGGUCAAGGGGUAGAUGGGCAUUUUAGAAAGGCAGCUAAAGACGCAGAGUAAUUUAGACAAUUUUUCAUGUUUCGUGUUUUAUCUUUAGUAAUGGAUGGAUAAUCAGAUAGAAAUAUAUCAUGAUGUAUACGCUAACUGCAUAGGAUUUCAUUAUGUCACUCUGUAACACUAAAGACGUGUAGGUGUUGUCCCUGUGCGGAGAGAGAGGAGAGCAGCAAAUGCGUUGCAGGUCUGGUGGUGUAGAGGUGUCUACACUGACACAGUGAGCGAGUGACUGAAAUAACCAAGUACUUUAACAGAAGGGCAUUAAUUUGUUCUCUGCAAAGGUCUUGCACAGACUGAAACUAUGGUGAUUCAAAAUCUGUGUUACAUGCCUGUGUUUUCUCCCCUAUGUUUUCAGCUUGUAAUAGCAAUAAGUUUCUUGGCACAGGGCACCUCCAGCCAGUGGCCAACUGGCUGUGGUGCUGGCCAGCAGCUCCUCGUGGCAGUGACGCCCUGUGCUUUGCUCUCCGUUGCGUAGCCAGGUAGUGUGCGGUUUGCAGGAGGGGCCUGGCAGUGAACUAUUUGUAACUAUUUUUAAGACAUCACUUUGCAUUGCAUUGUCUGCCUUCUGAAAGGUCAGUGAUCCAGUUUAUGAUGCAGAGAGUUGGCAGCCACCUUGUGCUGCUCAGGCCUAGGGGAUUGUGUCUUACCAGUGUUAAAAACAGAUGACAGAGAAAUGGACAAGCAGUGCUGAGAGAAACUUUUGAAGCUCUUCUUUUGCUGUCUGCAGUUGUGGUUGGAUUUGGACAGGAGGUGGUGGCUGGUUGUCUUGGUGAGCCCUUUGAGCACAGUACAUUUCAGACCUUGACUCCAGCUUGUACUGACUUCCAUGACAUACAGUAUGCCCUCUUGUACUGCAGCCAUCUCAGAGGAAAUAGGUCAAUUCUGUUUGGAUUUUGGCAGUUUUGCACACAGCUUUGCUUUCCACACUAAUCCAUCUUCCAGUACAUUCCUGUUGCUUAAAGAACAUUUAUUCCAGUAUUGUUUCACCUUUUUUUUCCAUCUUUACUUGCGGCUUCCUAAAGCUGACUGUUCUUGCAGGGGCCAUGUGCUUCUCCUAGAGUACAAAAGUAAGGUCUUUCCUUACUAACUGCAGGGUCUAUAUAUUACACCUCAAUGUACACACUUUGCUGCUACUGUUUGUACUGUCUACAGUAGAAUUUCCUUAUCUUGCUCCUGGUAGUGCAUUACAGGCAAGCAUGAAAUGUAAAGUAUUUAUUUAAAUAAAAACCUCUAAAUUGGUAAUUGAAUUACCUCCCUGUAGCUUUAGAGUUUGUGACAUUUCUUGACCUUGCUAGUUCUUUCAUUAGAUCCAUGCAAGAUCUAGUCAUAUGGUUAAGGAUAUUAAGCAGACACGACUACGAACCCAAGAAACCGUAUUACUGUUGGUCAUACUUAAACUGUUUAUUUCCUUAAGUAUAUGACCCACAAGGAUGUGAAAUAACUACAAGAAACUGUUUUUGUACACUGUACAUCCUUAGUAUUUUUACACGUAUAUGAUAGGGAUGCACAUUAUUUUCCUUCGUACAGACAGCUUAAAUAAAGCACUAUGUCAAUCUGCUACUUCUGUGUUUUUUAAUGCAAAUUUGUUCUGGAGGAUUGUAAAUAUAUAUAUAUAUAUGUUCAAGCUUGCCACAGAGGACGUAUUUUUUUAUAUCUGCACAUUACUAUUAAAUAUCUUAGAGGAUAAAAUUCUUAAGUUGUCCUGUGUCAGAGAAAGAAAAAUGGAAAUGAGAAGGCUAUAUUGCAGAUUACAAAAGAUUUCUCAAGUUUUGGGUUAAAUAUUUACUUCAUAUUUUAAAGUAAUUUUAUAUAGGUUAGAUGUUUCAAUCCUGAAAUGCACAAAGAAUUUACUUAAUUUCUUCUUACAAGAAAAUGUACAUCAUUAUUUUUUUAUCACUGUAUAUAUAAUGAUCUGUGCAUGUUUAGUUUCAAGUUUUAUUUGCUGUGAAGUCCUAGUGAUAACUGUAACUCGCUGUGACAUAUUUCAGAUACUGGGUGAACAGUUUCAGCUUGUAAAUGAUUAAGUUACAGUAUUGUCAAAAAAAAAGUUUUUAUGACUAAGCAAAAUGUAUCUGUGCUUUGGACCGAGGCUGUUUCCAUACAGGUGGUUCCUGUUAACUCUGUGAGAUGUAUGUCACUUAUGAAAGUAAAUUUGGGUUAUACUUUUAAUGAUAUGCUCCUAUCAGAACAUCCACCAUUUAAGUGAUUUUCAGCUGAUGAAAUUCUUGGCCUCAUAUCCCACAGCUAGACGAUAUUUGGGCAAGGAGAUGGAAGAAAGGGAAGGUGGGAUUUGCAGGGCACUGCAGAAUGGGACUCUUUGAAGCCCACAGGCUGGUCCAGGGCUGUUUGAACCAGCCAGUCUGGAGGGCUGAGUGUCCCUAAAGCAGUGGGUCAUCCGGGUUUUCUGACGGGUUUUCUGUUCUCUGACGUGAAUGCUUCUCAGGAAUAGAGGUGUUUCAUCCAGGUAUCAGGUUUUUUCCUUUCUUUUUUCCCUCCUUUUCUUUCCUCCCCCACCUUGUAAUAGGAAAGAGCAUCAGGGAGACAGCCAUCCAUUAGUUCAGUGGUAUCAGGAUGUCAGUGACCAGGACUAAACUGCAGCAGUGACAGGACUGUGUGGUCAGGCUGCAUCCCGUGUUGUGGAAUCACGCUCUGUGUGCUGACCUGGAUUUGAUCAUCGGGUCUGAUACUUGUAAAAUUUGUAAAACCAAGCAUUUAGUGCUUAAGUAGAAGCAGGGGAAGGUGGGGAGGGAUAUGAGACAGGGUAGGCCCGGUGCUGUAAUGACUUAUUAAUUGCUACAAAGUAGAGUAACUGCUGCAGGGGAAGUUAUUCCUUGUGGACUCCCAGCAACACAAUAGUUGCACCUAUGCCUGGGAUGAGUAUGAAAAACCCACUUCGAGCUACAUAUACUGGCAGCCCAGGACCCUUUGUUGAAAUCAGACUCGUACGUGCAUGUGGGUGGCUGGCAGUGGGGCCCUGUAUGUGGCCACCAGAAGCCACCUGGUAGGUGAGGCAAGUCCAGAAAGGUUGAGGGUCCCGGUGUGCUCCAGGGUCUCAGUGAAGCCUAAGUUUCAGGAAUAGGUGCCCGAGUUCCUUUGUAGACGUAGCCUAUAGGCACUGCCUCCUAUUUAAACACAGAUUUAUGCUGUGGAAUAAUAAAAAAUAAAUUUUGAAGUUUGCAUUUCCUACAUUUAUAUAUGUAUAUUCUUAACUGUGUAACCAUCUAUAAAGUAGUGACACCUAAAAAGCUGUCAGCCUGACUACUGUGAAAAAUCCUGAGUUUGACUAGAGAGGGCCUUCCUUCAGCAGCCUUUCUUCUCCCUAAAGACCUGAGGCCUUUCUCAGCAUGCUCAGUGUCAUAUCUAUCUGUGAAGCUGUUCAGGGAGGUGAUCAGAUGUGUUUGGCAGUUUUAUAUGGCAGGAAAUUGAAAUAGGGAGGAAAAAAUCACUUUGAUGUUAGGGCUGUACCACUAAUAAUUCCUAAAAUAUAGGGGAAGGAAGGAUUGUGUUCCACACCCAAUGGUAAUUUAUUGCAUGUGUUGUUACUCUUAUUUUUGUUCUGUUUUCCAUGUUCAUGCUGGCUGAAGUAGCUUUAUUGCUGAGGAACUCUUCUUUGCGCUUUUUUUUCACCCCCUUUACCAACUACAUUGAAAAAAAAUAGAUGUAGAAACUUUUCUCUUGUGUGUUUAGCUUAUCCUACACUAGAGAGCAAAAUAUACAGAUAAAUUCUUUCUAAAACAGUUGGGUAUUUGAAAAGUAACCUUGAAAAACAUGAGUGCACAGUUAACCAGAAAAAAAGCCCUCCACCUGCACCUUCCAAAUGUUCUGAGUUCAACAAUUUGAAGUCAAGUUCAGCUGGUGCCCUGAAUAUGUGCUGGUGCAAAAGUCCAGUUUCACCACUUCAGUGUGGAGCCCAUCACCUCUUGUAAUGGCUCCUCUGUAAUAAUCAAGGGCUCUUUUCUCUUAAAGGCCUUGUUCAGUGAAUGUUUUAAAGGGGAACCUGACCCAUGGAAAUUCCUCCACAUUUGAUGGAGUAUUUCUCAAUCUUCUGACACUUAUCUGAUUAGUAAGAAGUUGUUGGGGCUCUCACUUUUUAUAUAAAAGUGACAAAUAUCCUGUUGAAUAAAGUUCCCAGGUAUAUUCUGGUACUGAGUUUGUAAAAAGGAGGAGGGUGUACAUGUGCAGCACUUGCAAACAGCCCCCUUCUCCCUCUUCCCCCUGCACACGCUUUCUCUUGAAUUCAGAAGGACAGAACAAGGAACCUAGAGAACCUAUUAGGUUUAUUGAUAUUUCAGUCUGUAAAUAAUAUAGACAUGUAUGUUCAAUUAUGAAAAUAGAUAAAAACAUUUUAUAAACAUUGUACAAAUUAUUGACAUCCACACCACGUAAUAGCUGUUAAAACUGGCUUGCAAGCCUAGUCUUUUCAGAAAAGUCUCAGCUGUCAUCCUAGAAAGUUUGGUAGGCUGGUAAGGCUUCAAAAUAUUUGUGAUUCUGUAGUUAAAACCAAAUAGAAACCAGCUGAAAUUAGCUAGCAAGUGUGCCUGUUUUCUGCAGAGGUGUCUUUGGGUGAGCCUCAGACAAGUUUCAGCCAGGUGCAGAGCAGACCUGAAAGAUAAAAGGAAGAGAUGGGUAGUCUGUAUGGCAGUGCCUGUGUUUCUCAUUUGUGUCACGUCAGCCUGCAGGCAAGUUCUUAGAAGAGAAAUAAAAGCUGGAUAAGACUGCAGUAAGGCAGAGUAAACAAGUACAGUUUCAAAGCCUGCGCUUCCUGUGGGCCUGCUGUCCUCACCUCUUUCUAAGCUCAGAAGUCUUACAGGUAGCAAGAACAAGAGAUAGCUGAUUUCUGAAAAACAGGAUCUCCAUGAGCUUUUGACAUGGCUCCUGUUUAGCAGUAAAUAAGUGAGCUCUUGUUUUGGGGCACGUCUAAGAUCCUGCCCCUUCUCCCUUCCAAGAAGAAGAUGGCAGGGUUUUGCUAGAGGGUGUUUACUGUGCAGUGUUCAGCGUGUGUCUGGGGUGGGCAGCUGUAGCAAAACAGGAAACUGUUGCCUUGGUGCCAGUAGGAAACCUCUGGUGGGAAGGCUAAUUUGCAGUUUUGAAGCUCUUGCAUAGCUGCUGUUUGUGCUUCCUCGGUAGCACUUAAGGACUGAAUUGAGCAAGACAUCAAACUAUUGGAGCUGGGGGAGCUACCUCGAAUUAAGCCACUGCAGUACUAAAAACUGAAUUUAAGAGAUGUACAUGACCUCAGAAAUAAAAAUAAACUUUCUACUUUGGCUGGUUUUGCAUUAGAAGACUGAAGGGUUUUGGUUUUUUUUCCUUCCCCCCUUGGUUGGUUGGGUUGAAUUAAAGAAAAUUCAUGAAGCUGCAGUUCAUUAAAGAAUGAAAAACAGUAACAUGGUGUUUUUUUCCCCCCAAAAUACAUGCACCAACAUCAACUGCUACAGUUGUGUUUGUGACCAGUGCAAGGAACUAUGGCAAUGGAAAGCCUUGGGGCUUAAAUUCCAUGUCAGUGCCUGGACAGGGACAACCAGAGGAAACAUACUCUGUGCUGCAGUGACCCUCAGCAUUAGAGUAUGGGCAGAAGCUUAAAAAGACCCCAAAACCUCAACUCCCGAAGAAGCUGAACUCCUGGAAAGUUGUGGGUGUGCCUCCACACCACACUUACCCAGUGCUAAUGCUUUGUGAGAUGCAGAACCUCAGCUUGACUGAUGAAGUGGGCAAAUCUCCUGACUCCAGCCUGGCCUGAACCUCUUCACAAAGCAAGCACCAAUCCUGUCAGAGUCUCUGCACUCCACUGUCCCAGCGCCCAAGUAUUAAAGCUCUCAUUUAAGGUUGGCUGUUCUCUAUCAAAAGGGGCACAACUGUCACUGUCACAUUCAGGUAAUUGGUAAACGAGUUGGUUACUGGACAGUCAGGGGUAGGGGCCUUUCCAGGCUUAAUUUCUCCUCCUCCCUAGAAUAUUUUGGUUUUUAGUGCACAGAAUGUUGCAGCACACAGUGCCCAGGUUCCUUUGGACACUCCCUCCUUACCUCAGUGGCAUCUGCUUUAUCAGGCUGGUUGGGUAUUAGAUGCACAAGUUGGAAGGGUUUGAAGGGUGGAACCGCAGAUGCCUGACUGAUUUAUUUUAUUCCUGUCAGCAAUACUGGGAGGAGGGAAGAGCAACUGCCUUCCUGUUUCAUUAGAAAGCACUCAGGUGGCUUCAGUGCCUCAAUCCUCCAUUGCAUGGCUGUAAAACCCAAGGUGGAACUCCCAGCAGGGCCAGGCUCAACUCCUCAGCUGGUGCCCAGCUUUGUCCAGUAGCCAGACACUGGACAGGAUGUAUGGGACUCCCACAGCUGCAGAUGCACAAACACUGAGGAGCUGAAUACUUGAAGCCUCAUGUCAGGGCAGUCAGACAUCAAGCAGAGGUCUAUCUUUAUCCCUUCCUGUCAUGGUUUAACUUGCAUCACUUCUGAUUAAACUCCAUCCAAGCAGAAGUGAAGAUUUUCAUCUGCUUAAAAAAACCCACAACAACAUCCACCAACCCCAUCUGUGGACUGUCACUGGCUGUUACAAACACCUGGCAGAGGCACCAUCCUUGUGCAGUAAGACUACACUAAAACAAAAGCUAUCUCCUAAUAACCAAAGCAGUCUUCAGGUCUCCUGAGGUUGAAGGCCAUGUAAGGAUCAGCUUGAAUCACUUUUGACAGCAGAGAUGGAUGACCUGCCUGUUUGCUGGAAAUAAGGCUCGCCCUUCUCUAAUACAUAAUAAAAAAUAAAAAGCAAACAGAGCACUUGGGAACGCUGCUGCAUUAACCACUGGGACCUCACUGAAAAUUCCUGCUGACACAAGAAAAGAAAGAAAGCCCCUGCUCCAGAACAGCUGUAAUUCUGACAAUGCCUCCCGCUGAGCGACUGGGAUGAGGAUGGGAACACAGGCACGGGUGAGUGUACUUUAACUUCCUUUUAGAAGAAGGGUGAUCAGCUCACAGACUCGCUCUCUGUGACAAAGACAUCUGCAAGGAUGGAGGAGAGAGCUUUAGUGGCUCAGCCAUACGGAGAGCACAGGGAGAGUGGGGGUUCCUGGCUAGGGGGAGGCUGGCUUGCAGGAGGAGAUCUUCAUGGGGAAGUCACAGCAGCAGCACAGGAUGACAGCCCUCGCUGGAAGUAAUCCUCAAGGUCCAAAUCCUACCCGUCUGUGCUUUCACUGGCUCAGCUGGCCAGCAACCCCUUCUGGCAGCCGGGAGCUGUGAGGGGAUUAUCCACCGGGACAAAUACUUAUUUCUAUCAAACUGAUGGACACCAAGGCAGAUCCUGCAAGAGAGAGGCAUCUCGGCUCUUACUAAUACACUCAUGCCUGGUGGGGGGUGCUGAGGUUUCCAGCAAUCUCUGUUUAGAUGUUUGUUUGCUUUCUGUGCACAUUUAUUUAGUAUUCCGUAUUGCAUACCUAUGUAAGAGGGCAAUUAAAUAUCUCUUAUCCUCCUGCCUCA